GUGUCAUUUGGGAUCACCACUCCGAGAUGUGCAAUUCCAUUUCGGAUAUAUGCUAAUUUUGUCUCAAUUCUACCCGAUCGUAUCUGUUAGAUGCAUAAACAUCCUCGAUAUGUCUCUUUCCAGCCUCAAAACCCUUGCGUAUAAUAUUCUAAAAGAAACGGGAGACAUCGUCCAAGAUACAGAAAAUCUCGAACCACUUCAAUGCUCAAUAUGCAAAGAAAAAAUUUUAACACUCACAUACGAAUCGUUUACUAUUCUCGGUGGAUGUGGACAUAUAUUUCACAGAAUGUGUAUCGAGAAAAAAAUUCUGUACACAACACCAAGCAUAUGCCCUUUUACCGGUUGCAGUAGAAGCGUCGAGAAUAUUGAUGAAACUCAAAGACGGGUCUCUGUAUCUUCUGAAAUAAGUG